CAUCCGUGAGUUGUGACUCUGUCUCCCUCUAUCCUUCCUAUCUUAUAGACGCGCAUAUUACCAUAUCAUAAUAUCAUAUAUCCCCCACUUUCCCUGUCUCUUUCCCAUUUUCUCUCUCUUCCUCUGUGUAUGUCACACCCGUGGAUCCUUCCCUUCCUACCAUCCAUUCCUGCAUCCCUUCACCCCCUUUGCAUUUAAAUACCUCCCUCACUCCACACCCCUUCUUUCUCUAUCUUCCUUUUCAAUUCCGUCUUCUUCACUUCAAAUCAAUCUCACUGCUCGUCUUCUUGUCCAAACUAAUCAGAUCUGAUAAUAUCGACAACAUUUCAUUUGGGGUUUCUUCAUAGAUCCGACCCGGAAAGCGAAGCAGAAUGAGUUCGUUGAUUGAAAAGAAGAAUAAUCACUCUCACGAUGACAACGCCUUCGUCGAAGAACAAGGGUUUGAUCGUUUUGGUAGGUUACCAGAUCUGGGUAUGAGAUCCAGGAUUUACCCAGAGCCUUUGAUUGAGAAAUGGAAUCACUCUCACGAUAGCGAUGACGACGAAGAAGAAGAAGGGGUUGAUCAUUUCGAUAGAAUACCGGAUUCGUUGUUAUUGUUGGUUUUCAACAAGAUCGGCGAUGUUAAGGCGCUUGGUCGGUGCUGUGUGGUUUCUAGAAGGUUCCAGACGUUGGUCCCACAGGUUGAAAACGUAGUCGUGAGAGUUGAUUGUGUGAUCUCCGAUGAUGAUUCCUCCGCCGCAGCUUCCGCCACAGAUAAGUCGCGCUCUCCUUUCGCUAAUCUAGUUCGUCUCAUUUUUGGUAAUAUUUUUAAGCCCAUUCAAGCUUUGGGCCAGUUGUUGGGCCCUAAACGAUCUGGGUCUGUCGGUGUGUUGGGUACUGGCCCUUCGUCAUCGUCGUCGUCGGCCUCGUCCUCCUUGUUGGUGGGUAAUGGGGUUGAUGAUGAAGAGGGGGAACAGGGUGGUGUUACUCACCAUUCCCCAACUCAAGUUUUAAAGAACUUUCUGGAGAUUCGAUAUCUAAGGAUCGAGUUGCCUAGUGGUGAAUUGGGUAUUGAUGAUGGGGUUUUACUCAAAUGGAGGGCCGAUUUUGGGUCUACUUUAGAUAAUUGUGUCAUUCUUGGCGCUUCGUCAGUUGUUAACAGCACGAAAACCAACCAAUUAAGUGAAAAUGGUGUGAAUAAUGAACAAGUUAACCCGAAUACGGUAAGUAGUGUGGUUAAUGACGAUAAUGGAAGUAUACCAGAGUCGUUUUACACUAAUGGCGGUCUAAAAUUGAGGGUAGUGUGGACGAUUAGUUCGUUAAUUGCGGCAUCAGCUAGACACUAUUUAUUGCAACCGAUAAUUGCAGAGCAUCAAACUUUGGAUAAUCUAGUUUUAACGGAUGCGGAUGGGCAGGGGGUGCUUUGUAUGAAUAGGGAUCAGUUGGAGGAGUUAAGGGUGAAACCCUUAUCGGCUUCUUCUGCAUCAAAGAGGACUCUUGUGCCUGCAUUGAAUAUGAGGUUGUGGUAUGCACCUCAUUUGGAGUUGCCUAACGGAGUGGUAUUAAAGGGGGCGACAUUAGUUGCUAUUCGUCCCAGUGAGCAGUCAGGAGUGAGUGCUAAGAAGGAGAUUUCGGAUUCAUCAUGGGUUUCAACGGCUUUUGAAGAGCCUUAUGGGACAGCAGCGAAGAUGCUAGUGAAAAGACGGACCUAUUGUCUUGAGAUGAACUCUUUUUGAGAAACACUGAGCGCAGGUCGGCAUGUUGUGUCCAGAGAAAUGGGAGGUCAAUACUGUUUCUGAAGACGGGAAAUACAAUUUUGUUUUCACGUAACUCAUCAAGGGGGCGGCGGUGCCCUGUGGAGUUAACAUUGCCGAACUAUAUAGUUGAGGCACCAAUAAUCCGUCCUAUAUUAAAAAUGAACCCGUUUUGUCACCUUAAUGGUUCAACGGGUAGAAGCACAUGUGCAUUUUGUUGAGUUGAAGCCAUAUGAUUGUAAGAAAUGCAGACAUGGUAGAUGGAAGUGUUUAUGGAUGCCUAAUAAUUUACCUAUCCAUUGUGAAUAUUUUAGGAAUGAAUAUGUUUAAUGUUUCAUUUGAUGUAAGUUUUAAUGUCAUCAAGCAGUGUACUUUCUCACUCUGAUGUACUUUCUAGUCUUAUUAAUAAUCCAACUUUGAGAAGUCAUGACAUGAUGAAAUGAAUCGUAGUCUUUGUUUGUCAGGUGAA